CGUUAGUUAGUGCUAUAAAUUUUUUGACGAACAUCCUCGAAAGUUCAUCUUCGCUGGCCACUACGAACGACCCUUCUGCGUGACGUACGUGGCUGUCAAGAUGAAGUACUACUCUUCGGUCGUCGCGUUGAUUGUUCUCCUGGCUGUUGUCAUGGACUUCAGCUCCGGCCUAUUGCCAAGUAAGCAGACUCCAUCUGAUGCCACUGCUGAGGGCUACCGAAAUUCGUUGGAUUCACCAGAGGUGUCUCCACGCAUGGUUGUCUCAAGGGUAAAGGCCAAAAGGGAGACGUCGACCAUAUCACAAGUGCAGGGAUUACUGCAGUACCCCUAUGAAAAUGAGUUCGCGCCUGAAAGAGCGUCGUCGCAUUGUGCCUGCGAGACGAAGGAACCGUUUGCUGACAACACUGAAGAUGCCUUGUGAGCACUCACCCAAGCACCACAUUUCAGAGGUCUGCUUUGAGCAGAUGUGGCAAAUUGAAGUAACAUCCAGAUAGUCCAAUAAACUGUUCGUAGUUUCAG